CUCACCAGAAAACCAGCCCCAACACGCCAGAGCCCCAACCCUCAGGUCUGCCUCCAGCCCUCCUCCCCCCUCCCCCUCCCUCAGCCCCGCCCCGGUCCCUCCCGGCCCCUGGGGCCCUCCCAGCCUCCCGCAGACCGGCUGGGCUGGGCUGGGCUGGGCUGGAGAACAACAGUGCUGGAGACACCAGCGCUGCCGGAGGAGGGCAGAGGGCCGGCCCAAGGCCCCGGGCGCUGGAGCUGGCCGGAGCCGGACCCAGAGCUCCCACAGCUGCCCCUUCCUGGGCCGGGUCAUGCGCUGCCCCAAGUGCCUUCUCUGCCUGUCAGCACUGCUCACACUCCUGGGCCUCAAAGUGUACAUCGAGUGGACGUCCGAGCCCCGGCUGGGUAAGGCCUACCCGGGACCCCGCAGCACCCCACCAGGCCCCACGCCAGCCAGCCCCGAGCCCACCCUGCCGGCUAACCUCUCGGCCCGUCUGGGCCAGACUGACCCUCUGCCCUCAGCUUACUGGAACCAGCAGCAGUGGCGGCUGGGGACCCUGCCCAGUGGGGACAGCACUGAGGCGGGGGACUGCCGCGCUUGGGGAGCUGCCGCUGCGGCUGAGAUCCCCGACUUCGCCUCCUACCCCGAGGACCUCCGCCACUUCCUGCUGUCGGCAGCCUGCCGGAGCUUCCCACGGUGGCUGCCCAGGGGCGGCGGUGGCCAGGUGGCCAGCUGCGAGGAUCCCGACGUCCCCUACCUGCUGUUGGCUGUCAAGUCGGAACCAGGGCGCUUUGCGGAACGACAGGCCGUGAGGGAGACGUGGGGCCGGCCGGCUCCCGGGGUCCGGCUGCUCUUCCUGCUGGGGUCCCCAGCGGGCAAGGGGAGGCCUGACCUAGGCUCCCUGGUGGCCUGGGAGAGCCGCCACUACAGCGACCUGCUGCUCUGGGACUUCCUUGACGUCCCCUUCAACCAGACGCUCAAGGACCUGCUGCUGCUAGCCUGGCUGGGCCGCCACUGCCCCGGCGUGAGCUUCAUCCUGCAAGGCCAGGAUGACGCCUUCGUGCACACCCCCGCCCUUCUGGACCACCUGCAGGCCCUGCCGCCCAGCGCGGCCCGUGGCCUCUACCUGGGUGAGGUCUUCACCCAGGCCAAGCCCCUCCGGAAGCCUGGGGGACCCUUCUACGUGCCUGGGUCCUUCUUUGAAGGCGGCUACCCAGCCUACGCAAGUGGGGGCGGCUACGUCAUCGCGGGCCGCUUGGCACCCUGGCUGCUGCGGGCGGCGGCCCGCGUGGCCCCCUUCCCCUUCGACGAUGUCUACACCGGCCUGUGCUUCCAAGCCCUGGGCCUGGCCCCCAGGACCCACAAAGGCUUCCUCACGGCCUGGCCGGCAGACCGCACUGCUGACCCCUGUGCUCUCCGAGACCUGCUGCUGGUGCGGCCCCUUAGCCCCCAGGACAGCAUCCGGCUCUGGAAACAGCUGCGGGACCCUCAGCUCCAGUGCUGAGACUCGGAGGUGGGGAGGGUCGGGGAGGGCAGACCUGGCCUGGGCCUUGGCGCCAGCCCCUUGCUCAGCCUCUCUUUCUAGGCCUCGGUGCGAGGAAGGGGGUCCUGGAAUGGAGGCUGCCUGAGCCCUCCCUGGGCCUCCCCAAAAGGCGACAGACUGUUUCCGUCUUUCAGUUUUUGAAAAAUAUGCACUCCCCACUCUGAGGCCUGGAGUCGUCAUCUCUGUCUACGGGGCCUUGAGGUAGUUUACAGAGCAAAGUUCAGCUGCACCCUGACCUUCACACCAGACACUCUCCCCACCCUUACUGGGCAAGGCCGGCCCCGAUGGCCUCCUGGUCACCUUGCUGGACACCAGCUUUGACCCGUUCUAUGGGAGACAAGGGGCCAUCUCUGGAGGACCCCACCUCCAUCCUGUUUGCUGAAGCUGACCUUCCAGCUUGCAGAAGUUUCUGGAGGAAGAAGAUAGCUCAACAGCCUUGGCCUUAUUUAUCUCAAC